AUGAGCGACUUUGGACUUUGCGACAAAUGGCGCUCCCUUCACCCCAACCCUGACUGCCUCCGUAGCGGGCGACUGUUUGUGGACAACACCUUCCCACCUAACAGUGGUUCUUUGGGUGACCUGCCUGAUCUGAGCACCUCGCAGGAGAACGACGCGGAAUGGCUUCGACCAGCAGAUAUUUUGAAAUUACAAAAAAUCAAUGAUGAGCCCGCUUUCUGUAUUGAUGGAGCCUCACGAUUUGACUUCGGGCAAGGCACUGUGGGUAACUGCUGGUUUCUUUCUGCAAUAUCAGCACUGACGUUUCAAAAAAAACUGUUGGCGCAAGUUGUGCCUUUGGACCAGUCCUUCAAGAAUUACGCAGGAAUAUUUCACUUCAGGUUCUGGAGGUUUGGAAAGUGGGUAGAUGUUAUCAUUGAUGAUUAUCUGCCAACAAUCAACAAGCAGUUGUUGUUAGCAAAUAGCAAAUGUGGAAAUGAGUUCUGGGUUCCUCUGCUGGAGAAGGCAUAUGCCAAAAUUUGUGGUUCAUAUGCAGACAUGCACUGGGGGUCACCAUCAGAAUCCUUCAAAGAUUUCACUGGAGGGGUGACCAUGACUUACAAACUCAGGGAGGCCCACUCAGCAGGCCAUGAUGCAGAGCUGUGGCUCACGCUCAAGAGAGCUAUUCAGUGUAAAUCACUGAUUUGCUCUGGGACUUUCCCAAAAGAGGAUGCUUUGGCCAACACUAUUUCUCACACUGGACUGGUGGAUGCACACAUCUAUUCUGUCACAGCUGUCACUGAGGUGGAGUUAUACAGCUCCAAAGUAAGGCUGGUGCGACUCAUGAACCCCUGGGGCAAACAGGAGUGGAAUGGAAAGUGGAGCGACAAGAUGCAAUUGGAGGACUUCUGUUACUAUUUCAGCCAUGUAUGCAUCUGCUGUGAGAACCCUAACUUCAUAGACGGUGACCUUAAAUGUCAGUGGAAAUGCAUGAUUUACGAUGGCAGCUGGGUAGCAGGGAGAUCUGCAGGUGGCGGCGUGAACAACUCCACCUUUGCAACAAACCCUCAGUAUCGCAUCCAGGUGAGUGUUAUAGACAAGGAAGAGCCAGAAGACAAAAACAUCUUACUCUCCCUGAUGCAAAAACCUCAGCAGGGGCAACGCAGACAGAGACGAUUCUACCCCGUUGGACUUACCAUCUAUAAGACCCUGCAAGGACACCUAGGGUCCUCUUUUUUUGAUGGUAACAACCCCCUGAAGACACCCAAUUUUUACAGCUUCAAUAGCGAUCUGACCGAACUACACAGUCUGGAACCUGGAGAGUAUGUGAUCAUCCCGUCCACCAUGAAACCCAACAUGACUGCCGAUUUCGCUCUUACUGUUUACACCAAGGCUGAUGUUGAGAUCAGCUCCCACAGUGGAGGUGAUGAAGAGGAGGAAUUGAUUCUUCCUCAGAUUCGAGACAAGCCCAAAGAGGAGACCACAGAAAAGGACGCCAACCUUAUUUCCUUGUUCAACCUGUAUGCAAAUCAGAAUGGUGAGCUGCUGGCUGGACAACUCCAGAAACUCCUGAAUGACAGGUUCCCUCAUGGUCUGAAUGUGAAUGACAGAACGGUGAGGCUGAUGAUGUUUCGGUAUUCACGCUUCUCCGUCACCACGUUGGAGGAUUUCAUCACUCUCAUGUUGCGACUGGAUAAGAUGUCAAACAUUUUCAAGGACAAAUCCUCUGAUGGAACAAUGCGCUUGACCUGGGAUGAGUGGAGCAACAUCUCCAUGUACAACUAG